AUGAGCUACACGGGCCGAGGCCUCAGCGCCGAGGAGAUCGAACAAUACUCUGGGGACAAGGUUGUCGCGACAUCGAUCAUUUUUGCGAUCUUGACAUCGAUAUUUCUGGGUCUGCGUUUCUAUUCCAAGAGCCUCAUGCGCUCCCGUUCUGGCUGGGAUGAUAUAUUGCUCGUGGCUGCGUAUCUUUUCAACGUAGGCCUGUGCGCUGUUGGUAUCGCGAUGACCAAACUCGCCGGCGUAGGGCGGCAUGAGGAAUGGGUCAGGUUGAACGACCCCUCUCAGAUUGUCCGCUGGGCGCAGUUCGUGCUGGUGUUCCAGUUCCUCCACUUCACCGGCGUCGGCCUGCCGAAAAUAGCAAUUCUCUUCUUUUACAUCCGAGUGUUCAACUGGAAGGGUAGGAUGCUGGCGACCUGUUACGCGACCAUGGGACUCCUCGUUGCUACCUGGCUGGCGUGUGACCUCGCCGCUUGCUUCCAGUGCAGACCGCUCGCCUUCUGGUGGGAUAAUGCCAUUCCGGGAGGGACAUGCUUCAAUGUUCAGAAUUUCUACCGCGCGCAAGCCAUCACGAGCCCGAUCUUGGACACCAUAGUGCUCAUAUUACCUGUGAGGUCGAUAUGGGGCCUAAACUUGCCGGAGCGCAAGAGAAUUGAGUUGCUACUUGUGUUCGGCGUGGCAAGUGUUGGGCUGGUAGCAUCCAUCGUCCGCGUUCAAAUUUUCUUUACUACCGCCGCCUUCAAAGAUCGAACUUGGGCAUCGGUGGACCUCUGCGGCUGGUCUGUCAUUGAAGUUGGAACAUAUAUCAUUACAGCCUGUCUUCCUGAAAUGAAGCCAUUGGUACCUUUCCUCAUGCCGACGCGACUGGUGGCCAAAGUACGGAGCAUGAUCACGAUCUCAAGUACCGCAGGCCCCAAUCCGACGAAAAAGGCCCGCCUACCAGACUACCAGACCGAGCUGCCUUCGCUUGUUACUCACGACAGCAACAAUACAGGGCCUUGCGAGCGUGAAGGGCCCUGGGAUGGGACAUUUCGGGAUCUAAGACACUCGGUGUCUCAAACUGGCCAGGAGGAAGUAAGACCGCAUAAACAGGAAAUAAUUGAGAGAACAGAAUGGGAAAGUGAUGGAGGCUUGACGAUCCUUGUCACUCGAACUACUGAGGUGACCGUUGAUACGCUCGGUUCAUUUGACAGACCGUGGGAGUAUCUAGGUCCGUCGAUCGGAAGUCCCACCAUCGGAAGCGGGUAA